AUGGCGGGCAUGCUCAAGAACGUGUUCGGCUCGUCCUCCGGACCGGCCAACCCUGACGAUGACUUCGCUGAUUUCGUCGAGGCCCCGAACCCGUCGCCUGCGUCCCUCGUCGCCGACUCGACUACCGUCCAGGCAUCGAGCACUGGUGCCGUGCCCUUCACGGCAUGGUACCGGGUCUGGGAGCGCACCUCCCCCCGCGACUUCAUGCAGGAGGCAAUGAUCAUGCCCUUCAUCCUGGUCAUCCUCCUCUUCCACGUCUGGGGCACGCGCAAGAACCGUCGCAAGGCGAAGGAGUGGGCCCGGGCUCACAUUCCUGCCCUCCAGAAGGAGUUCGCCGUCGUUGGCUUCGACGGCGUGCCGCGCUCCGAGGAGGGUGACUCCGUCACCGUGGAGCUGGUCAACCCGGAGAAGAGCCUGAAGGAGAAGUCGGCCAACGAAUUCUCCACAUAUGCGACUGGACGCCAGAAUGUGGCUUUCUUGGACAUUGCGCUCAAGAUGCCCAAGCGCUAUAACCCUAUCACCUACCUCAUGGAAUACGCCUUCAGCUUCUUCUUCGAUAGCUGGGAGGCCCCCUCCGAGAAGUACGAGGCUGUGAUGUACACUUUUGACGGCAAGGAGAAGGACCUGGUUCCUGUUCUUGGCAAGGACACUGCGUCUCUGAAGGUGAACAACUCGACCUAUGAUGGCUUCAUCUGGGCUGUUGUUCACAAGAGUCACAUGCGCAAGUUCCGCACUGAUCGCUAUGAUGCUUCCAUCACUUUCUCCAAGGAUCACCCCAAGCUUCCCUCCUGGGUGACUGUCAUGUCCGAGAGCGCUGAGAUCACCGACACUCUACUCACCCCGGACCUUAUCAAGGCUAUUGAGGAGGCUGGCCACGACUUUGAGUUCCUGAUUAUCUCCGACCAGCCUGUUGACAAGCCGACCAAGAUCGAUGAGACCGUCCCCAAGAAGCGUAUCCAGCUUUCCAUCAACCUUGCAUCGGCCUACACCGCGACUCUGCCCCUCUUCAACCAGUUCCUGCGUCUCGCUGAUAAGCUCGUUGCCUCCGCCCACUUCCGCGCCGAGGUGAUGCGCAAGCUCCGUAAUGUCCGCGAGGAGGAGAUCAAGAAGCUGCGCCGCAUCGAGGAGGAGGAGAAGGCCGAGGAGCGUAAAACUGCCGCCGAGAAGAUCAAGAAGGAGGAGCGUGAGCGUAUCCUGCGCGGCAUGACCGCCGAUGAGCAGCGGAAGUUCCUGGAGCGCGAGACCCAGAAGGACCAACGCCGUUCCCAGAAGAAGCAAACCCGCCGAGGCUAA